UUGAACUCCCACCAAACCUCAAGUUUAUAAACACUCUAAAAUAAGCCUCAUCACACAAGCUUCACACUCCUGUCACUUCCCUAGCCUCCUGCAUGGCCAAACCACUAUAUCUAGAGGAAGAGUACUACAAACCAAAAGAGUAUGUAUCUACAUACCCUAAAGCAAAAAGUCUAUCCUUCCUUGCCUCUAUUUUCUCUCUUUUCAUCUACAUAUGUAUCUUUUAUACCUUCAACCUAUCUCCCUAUUCCCUCCUCAACAACAACAUCUUUUGGUUUUUCAUGUCCAACACCCUCAUCCUCAUCAUUGCUGUUGACUAUGGAGCAUUCUCUUCUUCCAAACAGAAACAAGAUCUCUAUGAAGAGUAUGUGCAGCAUAGUCAAGCCAGAAACUAUGUCUCCUCAUAUGAUGCAAAAGUUGAUAAACAAUGCAUUAUUCCCAAACAAAAGCUAGGUAGUCAUAAGCUGUUAGAGGAGAAGAAAGAAACUAUCUCUUUUCAAAAUAUCCCUGAACGUGUACUUGAAAUCGUGGCACUAAAUCAACCUAAGAAACCUAGUGGGUGCUCCAAUGAGAAAAAACCAACACUUCAUAACUUGCAAGUAGGUGAUGGUAGUGAAAAUUUUGUGGAGAAAGCAAUCCCUGCAAGAAUUUUCCGACGAAGUAAAUCUGAUAGACAUAAUAGAGCCAAGCAUGUGGUGCAUGAGGCGAGGGUGAACAAGGUGAAAAAGUCAGAGACUAUGAAGGUUGAAGCAAGUGUUGAGGAAGAAAAUAAUGAGUUUUCCAUUAUGUCAAAUGAGGAUCUUAAUAGAAGGAUUGAGGAGUUUAUUCAGAAAUUCAAUAGGCAGAUUAGAUCUCAGGCAACUAGAGAUGUUUAGAAGGUCUACCAAAAGUGCGUUAGAAUGUAUAGAGUAAUAAUUAUGAAUUAUGUUAAAAAAAAUUAUAGAGGAAUGUUCCAAACUGUCCUUGUUUUAAAUGUUGAAUAGCAUAGUCUUAAUUAUCUUUUCUCUGAUA